ACUGCUAUCGGGCGAGUCCCGUGAUGGCUGGCGGUGGUGCCGCUGCUGCGGUUGCUCUCUCGCUUGCUGGGCUCCCGGCGACUGCUCCAGGGCCCGUUCUCGGGCGUCGCAGCAGUGCUGCCAUGGCUGACGACGGGCACCUGGAGUCCCCCAACGAACGCUUUAUAUAUGAGAGAUUGUUGGAGACAAAAUUCUGGUCAGGAUGGCUAUCUAGUUGGCUCCCUGCAUGGUGUCCCACAUCACUUGUACAUCUAAAAGAAGCUGAAGAGAAAAUUUUGAAAUGUAUUACAAGUACCUACAGUAAACAAUAUGUAUUCAUAUCCAGUGGAAAUAAAAUAUGGACGCUUACAUUCUCUCAGAACCUUUCACAGAAAACUCCACUUGUUCUUCUCCAUGGGUUUGGAGGUGGUGUUGGACUUUGGGCUCUCAACUUUGAAGAUCUUUGUGAAAAUAGGACUGUGUAUGCAUUUGAUCUCUUGGGAUUUGGUCGCAGUAGUAGACCACAGUUUGACACUGAUGCAGAAGUGGCAGAAAAUCAAUUUGUAGAAUCUAUUGAAGAAUGGAGACGGAAAAUAGGAUUGGAUAGAAUGAUUUUACUUGGACACAACUUGGGUGGCUUCCUGGCAGCUGCUUACUCACUAAAAUACCCAUCAAGAGUAAAGCAUCUUCUGUUAGUGGAGCCAUGGGGUUUUCCAGAAAGGCCUUCCAAUGCGGAGCACGAGAGGCCUAUUCCAAUAUGGAUCAAAGCACUUGGAGCUGUUUUAAGUCCAUUUAAUCCAUUGGCUGGUCUCAGAGUAGCUGGACCUUUUGGAUUGAGCCUGGUACAACGUAUAAGGCCGGACUUUAAGAGAAAGUAUUCAUCCAUGUUUGAUGAUGAUACAGUCACCGAAUAUAUCUACCAUUGUAAUGUGCAAUCACCAAGCGGUGAAACUGCUUUCAAGAACAUGACAGUUCCCUAUGGAUGGGCAAAAAGGCCAAUGCUACAGAGAAUUGCCCAUAUGCAUCAAGACAUUCCUAUCACUGUGAUUUAUGGAGCAAGGUCAUGUAUAGAUGGCAAUUCUGGAGCCACCAUCCAGUCCCUGCGACCAAAUUCAUAUGUGAAAACAAUAGCUAUCCUUGGUGCAGGUCAUUAUGUAUAUGCGGAUCAGCCCGAAGACUUCAACCAGAAAAUAAAAGAUAUCUGCAAUUCUAUGGACUGAAAGGAUUCUGCUUUUUUGAAAAAGGUGGCUACAAAUAUAAUUCAAAGCAAUACUUUGUAGUGUAUUAUAAAAAAAGUUAAGGAAAAACUGAAAAAAGAACUGAUUUUGUAUGCACCCUUCUUUCAAAAUGUUUGCACACUUUAAACCAUGCAGUGCCUUUUAUUGUAAUGGGCAGAUUUUAAAAAAACCUGUACAUUUUAGUUGGAUUCUGUCUCUGUGUGUUUAGGAGAAAUAUUAUGUGUCAAUAUGUAUUAAAAUAUUUUAAAACUAGAAUUUUAAAAGUGGAACUUUGCAAAACUAGAACAUUUAACAUGCAGGGAUUUCUGUAGCAAACAUUUUUACAAAAUGUUAAGUAGAAUUACAGAGUGGCUACUUCGUUCAGUAUCCAUAUAUUGUAGCCUUCAUAUCUUGAACUUUUUAAGAAGAUUAAAUAUUUUACUGAGGUUCCCUUUGAGUCAGAAGAUUGCAUGUAGGAUGUCUGCAUUGUAUUUUAUGUGGAGCUUGCCAAAAUAAUAUUGGUAAGCACUCAGGAAAAAGAGCACAAAUAGGAAGAAGAGUUGGGAAUAAUUCUGAUUUUUAUUUUUUGCUCUUGUAACUUUUGUUUACUGUGCUAAUGAUUGAAUGCUUAGUGUCCUAAGGAGCUUCAUUUUCUAAGAUACUAGUACUGCUCUCACACACUUUUAAAGAGAAGUUGCAGAACACAGUGGAUUUGAAAUCUUCAUCUGACACUAUGAUUAUUGCAAGAUAUAUUGCUGACCUGAUUCUCGACUUUUACAUGCUACUAAAAUUCAGUCAUUACAUAGAUAAAGUAAUGAUUAAUGUUUGGAUGAAUAUGUGUUUCUUAUAAAUUAUUGGAAUUUUGAGCCAGUCUAACUGUAAAAUAAUAAUAAUAACCUUGUCAAACCAGGUAUCUUAAAAAAAGGCAUCUUUGAUUAAAUAAUAGAAAUGAAUCUGGAAAUGUUCUCUUACCUCAGCAUU